AUGGCUCCUGCUGGGAACCAGAGUGGUGGGAUGACCGAGUUUCUCCUGGCAGGCUUCCCAGAUCUCAAUAGCACAAGAAUGGAACUGUUUUCUGUGUUCCUUCUUGUCUAUCUGCUGACUCUGACAGGCAAUGUGUUGAUUGUGGGAGCGGUAGGAGCUGAUACUCGCCUACAAACCCCCAUGUACUUCUUUCUGGGUAACCUGUCCUGCCUGGAGAUUCUGAUCACUUCAGUCAUCAUUCCUAAGAUGCUGAGCAAUUUCCUCUCAAGGCAACACACUAUUUCCUUUGCCGGAUGUAUUACUCAAUUUUAUUUUUAUUUCUUCCUUGGGGCUUCAGAGUUCCUCCUGUUGGCUGUCAUGUCUGUGGAUCGCUACCUAGCCAUCUGUCAUCCUCUGCGUUAUCCCUUGCUCAUGAGUGGAGCUGUGUGCUUUCGCAUGGCCCUGGCUUGCUGGAUGGGGGGACUCUUCCCUGUUCUUGGUCCCACAGUGGCAGUGGCCCUGCUUCCUUUCUGUAAACAGGGUGCUGUAGUGCAGCACUUUUUCUGUGACAGUGGCCCGCUGCUCCACCUGGCAUGCACCAACACCAAGAAGCUGGAGGAGACCGACUUUGUCCUGGCCUCUCUUGUCAUUGUAUCGUCACUGAUGAUCAGUGCUGCAUCCUAUGGACACAUAAUCCUGGCUGUCCUACGAAUUCCCUCUGCUUCAGGCCGCCAGAAGGCCUUCUCCACCUGUACCUCCCACUUGAUGGUGGUGACCCUCUUCUAUGGAAGUGCCAUUUUUCUCUAUGUGCGACCUUCACAGAGUGGCUCUGUGGACACUAACUGGGCAGUGACAAUGAUAACAACGUUUGUAACACCACUGCUGAACCCAUUCAUCUAUGCCCUGCACAAUGAGCAAGUCCAGGAGGCUUUGAAGGACAUGUUCAGGAAAGUUGUAGCAGGCUUUUUAUGGAGUCUUUUACCUGCUGAAAACAGAAUAAGCAGUAUAGCAAAACAGAAAGCAGUAUAG